AUGGCGUCCACAACUGAGAUUGAGAACUCCGACCUGCUCGUCACCUCAAACGACCCGGAGCACCCCGCGAAUCUCAUUCCUUCGCUGUGCGCAAAGUUUUGGACACUAGGCUGGGUUACCGGCACCGGCGGUGGCUGCUCUAUCCGGGAUGACGACCUCGUCUACCUCGCCCCCUCAGGCGUCCAAAAAGAACUCAUGAAGCCCCAGGACAUCUACGUCCUCUCACUCGCCGCCCAAGAAGCAUCCCUCAAGAACCGCGUCUACCUCCGCUCCCCGCCCUCCUACAAGCCCUCCCAGUGCACCCCCCUCUUCCUCGCCGCCUUCACCCGCCGCGGCGCCGGCUGCUGCAUCCACACGCACUCCCACUGGGCCGUCCUCGUCACCCUCAUCCUCGAGGGUCAAGGCCGCGCCGGCGGCAACGACAAGCUGUUCGAGAUCAACAACAUCGAACAGAUCAAGGGCUUCGGAAAGGGGUUCCAGAAGCAGGGCAACCUCGGAUACCACGACACCCUCCGGAUCCCCGUCAUCGAGAACACGGCACACGAGGAGGACCUGACGGAGUUCCUCGAGGAGGCCAUGGACAAGUAUCCCGACACCUACGCCGUGCUGGUGCGGAGGCACGGCGUCUACGUCUGGGGCGAUAACGUCCACAAGGCCAAGACGCAGUGUGAGAGCUUGGACUAUCUCUUCCAAUUGGCCGUUGAGAUGAAACAGUUGGGCAUCCCCUGGAUCAGCGACAUUCCAGUAACUGUUCCUACCCGGUCCUGA